AUGACGGACAACCAAGAGCAACUGAGGAGGCUGGAGGAGCAGUGGAGUGUAGUCAUGGCAGAGGAUGAGCGUAAACAUGCCUUGAUUUCUGACCUAUUCGGCCAUAUCAGUGACUUGACGGCACAGCUCGCCGAGGCGCAUAUGGACCUCCGAGACAGAAAGGAUAUGCUUGAGCUGAAACGCACCAAGCUUGACCACGCCGAGAAGCAGCUUGAAGAUUUACGACGCAAAACAGAUGAACACGGUUUUAGUAUGGUUAUAAUCGAUGGUGACAACAUGCCUUUUCAUGAUGAAUUCGUAAAAGAGGGCCUGCUUGGAGGCAAGAGGGUAGCCAGCCUCCUGAGGAAAGCGAUAGCCGAGGAUAUCAAGACGAGAUUUCCAACCCUCCCUGCCAACGCCCAGGUGGUGAUUCGUGUGUAUGCGAAUUUGAAAGGGCUAUCCAAGAAAUAUAGAGAGCUUCUGCCAGACUCGGGAUCGUUUGAAGAUUUUGUUCGUGGGUAUAACACAGUCCACCCCACGUGCGAUUUCAUCGACGCUGGAUGCGGAAAAGAGUGUGCAGAUGAGAAGAUCAAAGCGGCCCUCAAGCUUGGUCUUGAGGACAGCCAUUGCAAGCAGAUAUAUUUCGGCGGACCAGGAGACAACGGAUAUGCCCGCGUUUUUGAUUCCUUCCUCGAAGAUCAGACAAUCCGGGGGCAGAUCACGCUCUUGGCGGGUCCUCCCUUUGCAUAUGAGCUGGCGGCCAUCAAAGACAAGUUUCAGAACGUGACAUUCGACAAUAUCUUUAGGAGCCAAAAGCUUCCCAACGAUGCGAAUCGCAGGACGUCGUUCCACAUCACACCACCGGGGACUCCGAUGCCGUCGACCUCCCCAUUGAACUUUGCAGCUGCUGCAAAAGUGCCCAGUCCAGCUCAAAGCGUCCCAGCUCAGUUGUACUGUCAUGAGCCGAAGCCGCCUGCGACUGGAGUCAUAUUGCGGAACAGGCUUGGACAGCGAGUGGACUCGCGCCUUUCAUACUCGCAGUCCGACUUUUCCAUCCUGAAAGACCGCAAACUCUGCAACAACUUUCACCUCUUGGGCAAGUGCUACUUUCUCGAGAAGUACGGAAAAUGCCAUCACGUACACGGGGAGAGGUUGACUGCCCAGCAGCUGGAAGCCUUGCGAGGCAUUGCUCGUCAGUCUCCAUGCCUGAACGGACUAAGCUGCAGCCAGACAGACUGUGUGGCCGGGCACCGGUGUCCCCGGGAGCCUUGCCAUCUGGAUAACUGCUGGUUCCCCAAGGAGAUGCACAAUGUCGACACACAAGUAGUUGACUGA